AUGUCAAAACACGUGGCUGAGUUGGCCCGGGUUUUGAAAAAAUCUCCCGGGACUCCUCGGGACUCGUCGGAACGUUCGGAGAUGGCACCUGCUCUGAUGGUAAUGAAGCUGUAUGGCAAUUUUUGGCAGCUUCAGACGAGGGCGCAAAAUCGAAGCUGCGGAGCUGCGAUAAACGAAGCGCAGAAAAAUAAUGAUGGAAACGGUAGCAACACUGUGGCCACUAUAGGUAACAUCAACCCUACCGGUCUAUAUCCUCGGCACCAUCUCAGCAUCUCGGGAACAUACUGCCUCAAUAGAACCGCUUAUUAAGUGCACGUUUUUGGUGUAGUGUGAUUUUUAAAAAAUAUUGUAAUUAAAUGUUGAAUAAACAAACUCGAG